GCCUUGGCCUCCCAAAGUGCUGGGAGUACAGGCGUGAGCUCCCAUGCCUGGCCUAUGUGCAGACUAAUUUAGUUUAAAAUAAGGAGGCUGAGAAACACUUGAUACAGGGCUUGGCAUAGAGAGAAGUAGGCAUUCAUUUAGUAGUUAACUUUGUUAUGCUAACCACAUGGUUCUGAAUUUCUUGGCAUUUUUAUUAGGCAUUUCCAGGAUCUCAAGAAUAAUCCCUAAUCAGGACAAUUUCCACCAACAAGUUUUUCUUGUUCAUCUUUCUCUUCCUUUCAUCGCUUCUUUUUCUCUUUAAAAGAGGGAUUUUCUGUAUGGUAGUAAGAAUUUCCCUUAGGUAAAUAUUCAACCCAACUGUGGUUUUAAUAAGUCUCCAGCAUUAGCAAGGAAUGGGUGGUUUACUCUGCAGUUCCUUAUUCUGAUCUUCCACCCCAGUGAGGGGAAGAGGAUGUGAUCAUGCGACCGCCAGCAGAAGGGAAAUUGUGAAAGCGACCUGCUGUAGAAAAGGCAGCCCACAGCCACCUCAGCAUGCAGAGGAGGCCCAGCUGCUGAGAGGAGGUGCCUGAGAGUGACCUUUGCAUCUGCCUGUCCAGCCAGCAUGGAACCAAAGCGGAUCAGAGAGGGCUACCUUGUGAAGAAGGGGAGCAUGUUCAAUACGUGGAAACCCAUGUGGGUUGUAUUGUUAGAAGAUGGAAUUGAAUUCUAUAAGAAGAAAAGUGACAACAGCCCCAAAGGAAUGAUCCCGCUGAAAGGGAGCACUCUGACUAGCCCUUGUCAGGACUUUGGCAAAAGGAUGUUUGUGUUUAAGAUCACUACGACCAAACAGCAGGACCACUUCUUCCAGGCAGCCUUCCUGGAGGAGAGAGAUGCCUGGGUUCGGGAUAUCAAGAAGGCCAUUAAAUGCAUUGAAGGAGGCCAGAAGUUUGCCAGGAAAUCUACCAGGAGGUCCAUUCGACUGCCAGAAACCAUUGACUUAGGUGCCUUAUAUUUGUCCAUGAAAGACACUGAAAAAGGAAUAAAAGAACUGAAUCUAGAGAAGGACAAGAAGAUUUUUAAUCACUGCUUCACAGGUAGCUGCGUCAUUGAUUGGCUGGUAUCUAACCAGUCUGUUAGGAAUCGCCAGGAAGGCCUCAUGAUUGCUUCAUCGCUGCUCAAUGAGGGGUAUCUGCAGCCUGCUGGAGACAUGUCCAAGAGUGCAGUGGAUGGAACUGCUGAAAACCCUUUCCUGGACAACCCUGAUGCCUUCUACUACUUUCCAGACAGUGGAUUCUUCUGUGAAGAGAAUUCUAGUGAUGAUGAUGUGAUUCUGAAAGAAGAAUUCAGAGGGGUCAUUAUCAAACAGGGAUGUUUACUGAAGCAGGGGCAUAGGAGGAAAAACUGGAAAGUGAGGAAGUUCAUCUUGAGAGAAGACCCUGCCUACCUGCACUACUACGACCCUGCUGGGGCAGAAGAUCCCCUGGGAGCAAUUCACUUGAGAGGCUGUGUGGUGACUUCAGUGGAGAGCAACUCAAAUGGCAGGAAGAGUGAGGAAGAGAACCUUUUUGAGAUCAUCACAGCAGAUGAAGUGCACUAUUUCUUGCAAGCGGCCAGCCCCAAGGAGCGCACAGAGUGGAUCAAAGCCAUCCAGGUGGCCUCCCGAACUGGGAAGUAAAGACACUCCUGCAUUCCUCCUCCCCUCCUGAGGGAAGCCCAUGGACAAGCUGAGUCCAGGACCUGUCCACUUCUGUGACAAAUCAACGGGAAACAGCCCAGGGGUGGGAAGUUUUCAUUUGCAGGGGGGUCUGAAUGUAACUCACCAUGUGGUGUGCAAGGUUCCCCUGCAUUGUAUUGCUCACUGCAGCCCCUCUGCCCCUAUCCAUGACCCCCAAGAAGAUAUAACAAGCUGUGCAGCCUCAGUAGGCUGCUUGCCCUCUCCAGGCCUCAGGGCCUCUUCUGGAAAAUGAAGAAAUUCAACUAGUAGAUUCCUGAGGUCCCCCCAGCUUAAAAAAAAAAAAAAAAUCUGCCCUGUGAUUUUAACACUCACAGUAGUGAUAGCGUAUCUAGUUGUUCUGCUGGUGUCCUUCCUUGGCUAAGUCUUGGCCUUCAGUUAUCUUCAAAUGUACCAGAACCUGAGCCAACGCCUUCCCUGUGAAACUGUUGCUCAUCUGUAGUACAGUACCAGGAAGAAACCUCUUUUGUUCUCUUUAGCCAUCUUCUACUUGCUCUUGGCCUUGAGAUUGUGUAACAAAAUGAAGGAGGCCUCUCUUCUUUCUUCCUCAUCCUACUCAAAAACUUCCCAAGAGCAGUGGUGGCUUUGAGGGUUUUGACUUCUAUUACUUUUCACAGCCUGGAAAGUUGUGUCUUCUGGGAAAGAGACCCGGGGAGGCCAGGAGUAGCUGAGGGUCCUUUCUGUGCCCUUAAGCCGCCCAGAGGAGCCCUAUUCCACUCUGGUUUGAGGCUGAUCUGAGAGGGUCUCCCUUUGUUCCUUUCUGGAGCAUUUCUCUAAUAUUUAUUACAAUUAGGAGGGGGACCCCACAUCUGUGAGAUUCUGUUUCAUUUGAGGUUUACAGAAAAAAAAAAGUGACCAGAUGGGUUCCCCCCAUGGGUGAGAGGUCUGGGCAACUGCCUGGAGAAUGUGUCUCCCGGCAGCUGCAAGAAGUGGAGGGGCUGAACUACUGGCCAGCUCAUUGGAUGACGGGUUAAUACAACAACUGCACUGUAAGGACUCAGAGCCACACAGAACUUCUGAGAGGGGCUGUUAGCAUUGCGCAGCAUCUUCAAUUCUCCAGUUAAUGAUAUUGUGUUCGUGCCUCAGCUUUAAGCACAAGUAGUAGCAGCUCCUGCUUGAGUUCUGAGGGCAUCAUGGCCCUAUGAUUAACCACAGUGAUCUAACCUAGACUAAAAUUGGGAACUUGUUUGCAAUUUUUGACCCUGACCGCUAACUAGUGAUUCUUCUCCAAAAUUGAGAAAGACAGCACCCAUUGAAGCAGAUAUGUGUGUGAAAGUAUAUUUUUCAAUCCAGAUUUUUAAUUUUAAGGCCCCAGGAAAGAGAAUAGAACAUUUUUCCUCAUUUUAUCAAAUCCUUUCUUGCCCUCCCUCAAAUCCCCUGUAACAUUCCUGAGGCUGUUCCUACUCCCAGGUGGUUUUAUCAAUAGCCUAGAGGUAAAGAACUGUCUUUUUCUCUGAUUCUUUAAUAACUUGUCUUUAUAGAAUAUGCACAAAUUUUUCUACACUCAGUGUUAAAGUAUUUAUUAAUGGGAAGUCUACUUAAUGUUUUGAAAUAAAUAUAUGACUCUGUUUAAUGCA